AUUCGCGUCUGCAACCGCUAUCCAAGAAUCCCCCCGCCAUGGGAGAGCGUCAUCUAGCACAACCUCACAGACCGACCGCUUUGUUUGCCAGAUUCCAAUACAUUGCCCGGUCUUCGCCUGACUAGAGGCAUCGAGGACGAUCCAUCCGAAACCCAGCAUUCGCGUUCUGCGCACAGCACUGCUCCUGCAAGUCCGCACCUUCGAAGCAUAAACCUCCGCGGCAAACACCCACAGUCCGCGACCAGGCGCACUUCCGCGGGAGGGGAGACAACAAGAGAGCGGCCUCGAGCUUCAUGUAUCGCCUACCACGAUCGCCAUGAGCCAAAUCCUGACGUCGCGGCAGGCCGAGGAGCUACACAAGUCGAUCAUAGCAUACCUCACCUCAACAAACCUACUGAACAGUGCCGCGGCGUUACGGGAAGAACUGAAUAUUGGGGACAGCUUCGAUGCCGCUACCAGUAAGAAAUAUGAGGGGCUCCUGGAGAAGAAGUGGACAAGUGUGGUGAGGUUGCAGAAGAAGAUAAUGGAUCUGGAGUCCCGAAAUGCCAGUCUCCAGGCCGAACUCGACUCGGCCACUCCAACCUCUCUUUCGAAGCGGAACCAAGACCCCACUUCCUGGCUCCCAAGGUCGCCGGCAAGGCACACACUUCAAUCGCAUAGAGACCCGAUCACAUGCGUUGCAUUCCAUCCAGUAUUCUCGUCACUCGCGUCAGGCUCGGAAGAUUACACAAUAAAGAUCUGGGACUGGGAGCUGGGAGAGCUGGAAAGGACAAUCAAAGGGCACACGAAGGCCGUCCUAGAUGUUGAUUUUGGUGGGCCAAGAGGCGGGACAUUGCUGGCAUCUUGUUCUAGCGAUCUUACCAUCAAAUUGUGGGAUCCUAGCGACGAAUAUAAGAAUAUUAGGACACUCCCCGGACACGAUCACUCGGUUUCAGCAGUACGUUUUGUGCCUAGUGGCGCUGCUGGAUCCCCUUCUUCUGGAAACCUCCUCGUGUCAGCAAGUCGGGACAAAACACUACGGGUAUGGGACGUCUCGACUGGAUAUUGUGUGAAAACGAUCCGUGGACAUGCGGAUUGGGUUCGGGACGUUUCGCCCUCUUUCGAUGGGCGAUGGCUUCUAUCAGCCGGGAAUGAUCAAACAGCAAGGCUGUGGGAUGCCUCCUCUGGCGAGCCAAAAGCAACUCUACUGGGUCAUGAGCAUGUUGUCGAAUGCUGCGUCUUUGCACCGCCUUCGAGUUAUGUACAUCUUGCGGCACUAGCAGGGCUGAAGAAACCCCCACCCCUGAGCAGCUCUGCCGAAUAUAUUGCAACGGGAUCUCGAGACAAGAGCAUAAGGAUAUGGGACUCCCGAGGGACUUUGAUCAAAACACUCAUGGGCCAUGAUAACUGGGUGAGAGGUCUGGUCUUCCACCCAGGGGGUAAGUACUUAUUGAGUGUCUCGGAUGACAAGACAUUACGAUGCUGGGAUCUGGCACAAGAUGGGAAACUGGUCAAGACCUUGGAUGAUGCACAUGGACAUUUCGUUAGCUGUAUUCGUUGGGCUCCCGGGGUGGUAAAGGACGUCCCAGCCACUAAUGGCGAGAAUGGAUCAGCCACGAACGGAACAUCCAAGGAGGACCCAACUGGAAAAGUGAGCAUAAGGUGUGUUAUAGCAACGGGAAGUGUCGAUUUGAAUGUGCGAGUCUUCGCAUCAUGAUCAUGAUGGAUGGAUGGCUGCUGGAGGAGUUGAGGAGUUAGCUUGGCAUGGCUCAUUUCAGUGCUUGCUAGGGUUAGCUACGAACAUAUCACGAACGUUAUGCUUAGCAUAUGUAUAGGAAGACCUCAGUUCUUCGACGAUGACCAAAUUAUAGAUCUACUGUAUCUGACCACAACACGUGUUAUUAUGUUUUUCUCAG